AUGAGAGGUGAAAAAGAACUAGAACCGGCUGAUUUUGAUAAAUUUGAUGCUUUUAUAUUCGGAGGUAUUUUAGGAGAUCAUCCUCCAAAAGAUAGAACUAAAGAAUUAAGAGAUUUAAAUUUUGAAUAUAGAAGAUUAACAGAAAUGUAAAUGACUACUGAUACAGCUAUUCUUACUUCUAAAAUUAUUCUUUUUGAUAAAAUUACAUUGAAUAAUAUACUUUUUGUAGAAGAACCUGAAAUUGAAAAUAAAAAUAAAAAUGGUUAAUGUGAAGAAUCUUGUUAAAUGGAAGGAUUCACAUAUGUAAGUGCUAUGUAUGAUAUUGAAAAAGGAUCUUUUAGUAAUAAUGCAGAUAAAAUAAAUAUACCUAUUAUGCCAGAUAAAAUAAAAAACGAACUUCUUUUUGUAGAUUUUUGA